AUGUUAUAUUAUAAUGUUAUUGGAAUACAAAUUGAAAGAUUUGUUGCUGUUGCAUUUGUUAGAAAAUAUGAACAUACCAAAUGUUUUGUUGCUAUUUUUAUUUACCAUACUUUAAUGGUACUUUUAUUAAUAUUCUCAUUAAUAUUUUUAGAUUUUUGUAAUAUUAAUCCACUUAUGAUAUAUCGUAUUAUAUUUAUUGUUCUUGAAAUUACUGGAAUAAUUUUACAUAUAUUAAUGUAUUGUAUUUAUUUUUAUUAUGUUGAAAGACUUCAUAAAUAUUGUUCUAAUGUUAAAAGAUAUUUAUCAACAAGAUAUCAAGGAAAAGAAAAUAUUGACACUAUAGGAGGAUUAUUAAAACCAUUAACUUAUUUUUUUGCUAUAGGUAUUAUUUAUUCUAUUUGUACUAUACUCCUUCCAAUUAUUAUAAUUAUUGUACCAAUGAUUAACUUAUCAUUUUCUAUUUUAAUUGGAUUUCAAACAAUGUUACCAUCAUAUAUAUUAUUAAAAGAAUAUAAAAGAAGUCUAAUUAUAAAAUCUCAUCAGAAAAAGUAUAAAAGAAAUAAAGUAAUACCUGAAAUAUCAUUAACAGGAGAAAGACCAUCCAGUCAUAAUUUGAAUGUUAAUGAAGGCGGAUUACAUUUUAAAUAUUUAAAUGACUUUUGGGAAGAUGCAUAUAAAUUAAAAAAUGAUAUCAAAUAA